GUUGAACUGAGCAUGUGGUAUCACCUUAAUGGGUUGUUACCAAGGGCAUCAGGUUAUCAGGCACAUGGGGCAAUAUUGUUUAUUAUCACUAUGGUGACGGGUUCCACUGGUGUUAUAAGCACGUUAGGGGCCUGACGAAGCGCGUCACAGCGCGAUACGGUCCGUUGCCCAUCCCCCCCCCACGCCACCGCACCCUCCAGCUCUCCCGCACUGCUCGUGACCAGCAAUCUACAUGUCUUCUUGAUGAAAUAAAAGCCUGAAGAUUUCAAGAUGCAACCUACCUGACCUCUGCUCCCCCUUUCAGAAAAUUUCACAUUCCAGGACCUACAGAGACAUUAAAAGUGAUCCCCAACCAUAAAAUGUACCUUGAGAACAAUAAUGAUAUCCCAUGUAUAAGAAAACUGGAGGUGGAGCGAACACAGGCAAAUGCUUCACAUCAUACCAACUUGAGUGGUCGGGUGGGCACAGCAGCUGUGGCUGGUGAAUUCAAUGAGCUCAUACUUCUAGACAGCUUUCAAAGAGCGGCUGAAGCUAAAAGUGAGCAGGACAAGUCUUAUCAGAAUGGGCAAGAUUGUUGUGUUGCCUUUGGGGAAGACUUUGGUCCAACUCCUGUACAAGGAAGGUAUUCUUUUAAUCUGCCUAAACUGUUCAGCCCGGUAAAAGACAGUUAUACAGAGAAGACUCCUUUGUUAAAAUUCCAGUCAGAAAACAAGGGAUCAGAUUUCUUCUGUGGAACUGAAUCAUGGGAAAACAGCUCUUCCGAGUAUGAACAACGGUGUCGUCUUGGUAGUGAGGUUGGAAGUCUUUCUAGAUCUGCCUCCACUGAAAAAUAUGAAAAGUAUGAACUCCUUGACAACAUUCAAGAAAAACUGAAUUCUUCUAAGCUAAGGUGGUUCUUAAAAAAUCUUAAGAUUACUGGACUCUUCAUCAUUGUGGUUGCCUGUUCGAUAUUAUUUAGUACUUAUUCUGAUAAAAGCAGCCCCUGGCAGAUGUUGGCCCUGUCAUCUCUGGAAAGCUACACUGCAAAUCUUACGGACUUUCGAGGCGCUGCACUUCUGAAACUUGAAGUUGAUGGCCCAUUUGCUGGAGAUUUGAUUGAUCAACGUAAUGAAGAAUAUAUUCUUAUUCAAAUUGUGCAGCUGGAUGACCCCUUAUCUAGAAGACGUCGGCCUACACAGGUGAUACACAAUUGGACUCUGGCUCUGAAUCCGAGAAAAACAGAACAUAUUGUAAAAGAAAGAACAUUUGAAAUUUUAAACAGUGAAACGAUUUCAAUAAACAUUCAAGCAUUUCUUCAAGAGACUCAACUCGUUCCGCUGUCUGUAACUCAUCAAUAUCUUAGUGCGAGCAUUGAGACCCAAGUAACAAUUGCAGCCAUUAUCUUAGCAGGUGUUUAUGUGUUAAUCAUAUUUGAGAUUGUCCACAGAACUCUAGCAGCUAUGAUCGGCUCCUUGGCCGCGCUUGCAGCUUUAGCAGCAGUUGGUGACAGACCCAGCUUGGUGAAGGUAGUGGAGUGGAUUGAUUAUGAGACGCUCGCACUUCUCUUUGGAAUGAUGAUAUUGGUGGCAGUAUUCUCAGAAACUGGGUUUUUUGACUACUGUGCUGUAAAGGCUUAUCAGCUGUCAAGAGGAAGAGUGUGGCCUAUGAUAAUAAUUCUGUGUCUUAUCGCGGCCAUUCUCUCUGCAUUCUUGGACAAUGUCACCACAAUGCUGCUUUUUACCCCAGUGACAAUAAGGUUGUGUGAAGUACUUAAUCUUGAUCCCCGACAAGUUCUGAUUGCAGAAGUAAUCUUUACAAACAUAGGGGGCGCUGCUACUGCUGUUGGGGACCCGCCCAAUGUAAUUAUUGUAUCCAAUCAAGAGCUAAGGAAGGUGGGAUUGGACUUUGCUGGAUUCACAGGACAUAUGAUCAUAGGCAUAUGUCUGGUUCUUCUGGUAUCUUUCCCGUUUCUAAGAAUAUUGUAUUGGAACAAAAAACUUUACAAUAAAGAACCCAGUGAAAUAGUUGAAAUGAAACACGAAAUUCAUGUUUGGAAGUUGACUGCACAGAGAAUUAAUCCUGCUAGUCGUGAAGAAACUGCAGUCAAAUGUCUCCUAAUGCAAAAAGUUUUGACAUUGGAGAGUUUGCUGAGGAAGAAGCUUAGAACCUUUCAAAAACAAAUAUCACAAGAAGAUAAAAACUGGGAAACAAACAUUCAAGAACUACAAAAAAGGCAUAGGAUUACCGACAAGAUCCUUCUUAUCAAAUGUUUGUCUGUUCUGGGAUUUGUCAUCUUCAUGUUCUUCCUCAAUUCUUUUGUUGCUGCAAUCCACUUGGACCUUGGAUGGAUUGCAAUUUUGGGUUCCUUGUGGCUGCUUGUUCUUGCUGACAUUCAUGAUUUUGAAAUGAUUCUGCAUCGAGUGGAAUGGGCAACUCUGCUCUUUUUUGCUGCACUGUUUGUCUUAAUGGAGGCCUUGGCUAAUCUGCACUUAAUAAAUUACAUAGGGGAACAAACUGCAGUACUUAUAAAGGCGGUUCCUGAAGAUGAAAGGCUGGCGAUAGCCAUCAUACUGGUAGUAUGGGUUUCAGCUUUAGCUUCAUCUCUAAUUGACAACAUUCCUUUCACUGCUGCAAUGGGCAAUAUACAAGACUCUCUUUGGAUUUCCUACUGUAUUCCCGUGUUAAUAAAUUUAAGCCAGGAUGCAGAUGUUGAUCUACCUAUUAAACCGCUUAUUUUUGCCCUUGCCAUGGGUGCUUGUCUUGGAGGAAAUGGAACAUUGAUUGGGGCAUCAGCAAAUGUGGUCUGUGCUGGAAUUGCAGAGCAGCAUGGAUAUGGAUUUUCCUUUAUGGAAUUUUUCAGGUUGGGAUUCCCAAUGAUGAUUGUUUCCAUCACAAUUGGAAUGAGUUAUCUGUUGGUUUCACAUGUCUUAUUGAAUUGGAAUUCAUAAGCCACAGUACAAAAGAGGAUUCUACAGUUACACUGCUCUUAUGAAUCUAUGGUUGGAUCUGAAAGGCUAGUGGAAUUACAGAUUCCUGUUUCUCAUAAGUCUUUAUAAAAAGAAAAAGUUAGUUUAGUUGCUUUUUUGCAGUCUGCAUGUUAUCUGUUAUAGUAGUACAGGUUGCCCUGUCUGGUUUAUAGCGAAAUCUGUCAUAUGAGCUGUCUGGCAGUAAGGACUUCAGCCUCUCUCACCAUAGAAAUUCCUCAGUUUGGACAAUGCUGCAGAAUCCCAUUGGAAUCAAUGGGACUCUGCUGCAGCAACAUUUCUGUGCUGAAUAUUUCCAAGGAAUUCCACUCAGAAAUUCUGUCAUGUGAACAUAGCCUUAAGAUGACACUGUAGGUUGCACUAUACGUGAAAGGAUUCAAGCUACUGAAAAAAAAAAGUUUUAAAAAGACCUAUGGGAAAAUGUUUUGAAUAAUUACAAUGAAGUAAUGAAAAAUGCACCAGAAUGCAAACAAAUGUAUUAUUUAAUGGUCCAUGUUUAAUUGAAAAAAGUUAUGAAAACUUUGUGGAUAAAUUCCGUCAAUGUCAGUAUUUUUACCCUGUGAUUGUUCAGUUGUAUUUUCUUAGUAUGGUUUUCUCCAACCCAAAUAUUUUGGAAGUUUUACAAAUGACUUGAAGUUAUGGACAAAAUGUAGUAAAAAUCUACAUUAUUUGACACCAUUGAUCAGUUUUUGGUUGUUAAAUUAACAGAUUUUGUAACUUAUGAAAACAUGAAAAUGUCACUUCUCCUGUUGAGGUAUGUGACAUUGGUCCAUUCAAUGCAUACUGUAUACAAUCAUUGUACCUUUUGGGGAAAAAAUUUAAUAAAUCUGAA